UCAAGAACAGGAGGCAUACAUCUUUGUUCAUUCUCUCCAGAAUCCUGACUGCUACUCAGAUCAACCAUCGCAUCGUCCAGCAUCACCAUGACUGACCAACUUCCUCCCAUCUCUGUCGGACUGAUGGGUACCGGUGAAUACACCACCGGAAUCACCCCAUCUGGACAGUCAAAAUCAGACAAGAAGAUCGGCGUUGUCGGAGUCACCAUGUUUGAUCUGCGACGACGAGGCAAAGUUACCGACAUCAUUAUGGCCGGGACCAACGGAGGCAAGUUCCCGGAGAUCAAACAGCACUUCCAGAAGAAUAUCGGGGACGUGUACAAGGGUCUUGACCUCUCAUUCAGAGGUUUCCCAGAGGGCAACCUGCGAGAUGCCGAGGCUUACAAGAGCGCACUUCGUGCUCUGCCAAAGGGCUCGGCUGUGAUCAUCUUCACUCCCGACUCGACUCAUUUUCCCAUCGCUGCUGAGGCUCUGAACCUGGGCCACCACGUUCUUGUCACCAAGCCAGCGACGCAAAAGCUCGAGGAUCAUCAAAAGCUCAUCGAGCUUGCUGAAGAGAAGGGGCUGGUCUGCUUCGUUGAGCACCACAAGCGAUUUGACCCCGCAUACAACGACGCCCGAGCCCGGGCACAGAAGCUCGGAGACUUCAACUUUUACUGCUCAUACAUGUCGCAGCCGAAAUUCCAGCUCGAAACGUUCAAGUCGUGGGCAGGUAUCGACUCUGAUAUCUCCUACUACCUCAACUCGCACCACAUUGAUAUUCACUGCUGGAUGGUUGAAGGACGAUACAAGCCCACCAAGGUGACCGCUUCCGCCACCACUGGCAUUGCCACAUCGAUGGGAUGCGAUCCCAAGACCGAAGACACGAUCACCUUGUUGGUCGACUGGCAGAAUCUCGAGGACUCUAAGCAGAGAGGCACCGCCGUCUACACUGCCUCUUGGGCCGCUCCUCUCAAGGCCGGAGUCCAUUCGGAGCAGAGACUUCACUACAUGGCCGCAAAGGGAGAGAUCAGGGUUGACCAGGCUCACCGAGGCUACAGCGUGGUCGAAGACGAUAUUGGCAAGCUCGACUAUAAUCCAUUCUACGUCAAAUACUCCCCCGACGAGAACGGCUUCUUUGAUGGUCAAAGAGGUUACGGCUACUUGUCUCUUGAGAAGUUUAUCGAUGCCGCUCGAUCCGUCUCGGCUGGUCAGUCCAAAGCUAGCGACUACGAAGGCAAGGGUUUGCCAACGGUCAAGGCAGUGGUUCUCACAACUGCGAUCAUUCACGCUGGCCGAAUCUCGCUCGACGAGAAAAGGAGCGUGGAAAUUGUAGACGAGAAUGGGAAAUGGAAGCUCGUAUGAGAGCAUGUAGAGAUCUGUAUGCAAAAGUGAUCCAUCGCCG